AUUGUUGUCUGUUAACCACAAUAAGGAUGGCCGCUAUCACAAGAUCCCGACAAAAGCUGCGCAAUCCGCCAGAUGCUGUUGCUGCUGACCCUCCCUCUGUACGGUUUGCCGAAACUCCUGCUCAACCAGCAGAUUCCGGUUCCGUGGACAGAACCGGCAAAUCCUCAAAAACAGAAGGAAAGAAGAAAGUGGCAAUAGGAACCACAAUUGCAAAACAAUUGAUGAAGGGAGGAAAGCGUGGUCAAGGGCAAGGCGACCUUAAACUUGAAGAUUUGGAUGAAGCUGUCUUAAGACGAAGAUUAGAGACGUUAGAGACAGAGCUAGCAGAUUAUAAGGCUAAAUGCGAGCGACAUAAAAAAGAGAAUGACUGGUAUCGAGAAGAGAUUGAAGCCUGUCAGCGGGACACCGCCGAAUACAUUUCAUACCUAGAGUCAAAAAAGUCUGAGAAACAAAGUGCCAUCGACCAGCUGAUUGAAAGCAGCAAACUAGAUUUGGAGAGCUUUGUUGCCAAGAAGAAGGCCAAAGAAGUGGAAAACGAGGCCAAGAUGGAAGACCUACGCAAGCAGAUCUUAGAUCUUGAAGACAAAAUUGACACCAAACAACAAGAAGUCCAAAGUCUUUCAGAUGUUAUGUCCCGUCGCGCCCGACACGAAUCUGAUAUCGCCCACCUCCACAAAGAAAUGCAGGAAGCCGAGCAUCAGCACCAAAUCCGAGUAGCAGAGCUCGAAAGAACGUUACUGGAAGAGCGCAUUAAAGUUCAGAAAGAGACAGAUGCAAAGAUCAAGGAGAUGGAGAGCGCGGCACAUGAGAAAGCCCACAAGUAUUUAACCACCCACAUUAGCGCUCUUGACUCAGAGAACCAGCGUUUGUCGACUCAACUGCGAGCACUUAUAACCCGAACACAGGAUCUCCUUGACCAGAAGCACAAGCUGGAAGCUCAAAAUAUCCAACUGCUGCGUGAUUCAACUGUUCGUCAGGAUAUGCUGAAUAUCCGACUUCAAAAGGUGGUCCAAUCCGAAAAACGGCGAGAAAGAGGGCGAGACAAGAGAAGGGAUUUGGAAAAAUUGGAAAGAAAAAGAGCAAUGGAGAAGGUGGUCCGGAUGGCAGCAGAAAGAGAGAAGAUGACUGAGUGGGCAGGAACUCGGGGUGUUUCGGCCGGAGCGGUGCUUAGAACACCUCCCGCAGGACGCCCAGGUGAAAUCGCUGAACUCAUCUUCACCACGGAGGCGAAAGGUAAGGAAGGAGCUAUUGCCUCCUUAACUAUCAAGGACGAAGACCUCGAUUGGUCGGAUGAGGAAGAUGAUGAAUAUCUAUAAACACAUACUAGUGCACAAUUCUGUUAUCCAUGUCUGUACAAAUUAAAACAAUUACUUGAAUACCAUCCAUGAUAAACCAUA